GGCGCGCCUGCGCGUUAUGACGGCAUCACGUCAUGGCGGAGCGUCAAGUAGUCCACGCUCAACACCUGUAGCAGAACAUUCCAAACAAAACGACGCAGACUGUCCUUUCCCAUGGAGUAUUUUUGACAAUGCACCGGCCAGUUCCAGAUGUAGCUGUUGUCUGCUAGCAGUGACCAUGGUGCUAUUCUGGGCUGGUUUGCUGGUGUUGGCUGCUCUUUCUCAGACCCUGGGUUUUCUGCAGCAUUCAGAAGAGCCCUCUGUCCCGGGUGAAUGGGUCCUGCUCCAUGUCGUGCAGGGCCACAUUGGGGCGGGGAACUACAGCUACCUGCGCCUGAACCAUGAAGGACGCAUCAUCCUGCAUAUGCAAAGCCUUAAAGGAGAUGCAGAUCUCUACGUCUCGGACAAGACGCUUCGGCCAAACUUCGACACCUACAAGCUUCAGUCCACCACUUGUGGCCAGGAUGUGGUGGUCGUCCCAGGGGACUUUCUGCGGCCUGUUGGGAUCGGGAUCUACGGACAUCCUUCUUACAUGGAGAGCGAGUUUGAGAUGAAGGUGUUUUACGACCAGAAGGCGCUCGCGGAAAGUGAAAUCGAGAAAAACUCUUACUCUUCAGAUGAAACUCCUGGUCAACCUCGACAAUCUCAGGGCCCCGAGGACACGGAGGAGGAAGAGGAGUCUAUCCUCUGGACUAUUCUGAUCGGGAUUCUUAAGAUCAUACUUGAAAUUUUGUUUUGAUUUUGAUGUGCCAGCUGCCAAAAUAUGCCACAAUGAAACAUUCUUUACAUUUAGAUCACAUAAAUAACCAGGAAAGCUUUUGUUUUGACAGAAAAACUAGAAAUUCUUUGGCUGAAGUUUAGUUUGAAUCGUUUGAGCCACUCUAGGGAAUAUGUACAUUUUGGAAAUUCUGUUUUAUAGCUCUACCAAAAAUGUCAUUCUGUUAUCAUUUACUCAACCUCAUGUAGUUUUAGACCUAUAUGCGUUUAGUUUUUCUGUAAUAUUUAGAAUAUUAGAAGAUAUUUAGAACAAUGUUGGAGACUUUGGUUAUUGACCUGCAUAGUAGAGAAAAAUCUAAUUUCAGCAUUCUUCAAAAUAUCUACUUUUACGAUCAACAGUAGAAACAAACUGAAAUGGCUUUGGAACAAGCGAAGGCUGAGUAAAUGAUGACUGAAUAGACAUUUUUGGUGGACUGUAUCUUUAAUUUGUCAUCUAAUUUGACUAACAAAUUUAUAAUUUGCAUAUCAACACAACUGAUUGCACUUGAUAUAUUGAACACAAUGUUCUCUCUUUUGACCUCUUCUGACAUUUUAUUGAUAGAAUCUGUUGUGUGGUGCGUUUAUUUGUCUUUUACUGACCUUGCGUUCUAGGUUUUAAUCUGCACUAUGCAAUCACACAAAUCACCUUGUGUUGAAGGGUGUACGGCUGUGCCUAUUGUGAAGAGUCUGUUGACUAAUGAACUGAAAAGAAUCUUUUACGCCUGUAGUUGUAAGAUAGAAAUAAAUAAUCACAUAUUUUUGAAAAA